AUGCCAGUUAGUCGAGCAACUAGUCGUAGGGCUCCUACAAAUGAGAACGAUGAGAACGUAGCUGGUGUCACAACCCGUCUUACUAGAUCUAAAUCUGCAGCAUUUACCACGGAAGAAGUUACCGGUGCCGUCAAGAAACCACUUGCAACCAAGAAAUCAACUAUCAAUGCACAACCAGCCCGAAAGCGGGCAGCCUUGGGAGAUGUUAGCAAUGUUGCCAAAGGGGGAGAUGCAGUCGAGGCAAAGAAGCCUGCUGCUAAGAGUGGACUAGUCUCGAAAGCUUCACAACCAACUGGCGUCACCAAGAAUAGUACACGAUCAGCCCUCGGAGCUAAGGAUACAAACAAGAAGUCGUUGAGUAAGGCUGCUGGAUCUGGAGUGAUGAAGAGAAAGACCACUGCAGCUUCGAUAGCUGCCGCGGUAAAGGAAGAAGCACCCGUCGAAGACGAACAACCAUCCCGAAAGAAGGUCCACAUUGAAGCAGAAAAGCAAACUAAAGUUGUCGUCGAGGAAAAGGAGAACGAGGUGGAGGCAGAGGCUGUCGUUGAGCCAGAGCCAAAGGAAUCCGUUAGACUUGAAUUUGCCGAAGGUGUACGCGACUUGGAUGCUGAAGACACUGAUGACCCUUUGAUGGUGGCUGAGUAUGUCGUUGAAAUUUUCGAGUACUUGAAGAAGUUGGAGAUUGCUACCAAACCCAAUGAAAAGUACAUGGCACAUCAAGAAGAUCUGGAGUGGAAGAUGCGUGGCAUUCUCGUCGACUGGCUCAUUGAAGUUCACACACGCUUCCAUCUCCUCCCAGAAACCUUGUUCCUUGCCGUCAACAUCAUCGACCGCUUCCUUUCCACCAAAGUUGUUCAACUUGAUCGUCUUCAGCUUGUUGGUGUCACUGCAAUGUUCAUUGCUUCGAAGUACGAAGAAGUCCUCUCACCUCACGUCGCCAACUUCCGUCACGUCGCCGAUGAUGGGUUUACCGAAGCAGAGAUCCUUAGUGCCGAGCGUUAUGUUCUUAGUGCUCUCAACUAUGAUUUGAGCUAUCCCAACCCAAUGAACUUCUUGAGACGUAUCUCCAAGGCAGAUGACUACGAUAUCCAGACCCGCACUUUGGGCAAGUACUUGAUGGAGAUCAGUCUCCUUGAUCAUCGAUUCAUGAAGUAUCUCCCAAGUCACGUCGCUGCUGCAUCCAUGUAUCUCGCCCGCCUUAUUCUUGAGAAGGGUGAAUGGGACCCAAUGUUGACUCACUACUCUGGUUACAGCGAGGAUGAGAUUGAGCCUGUCUUCCAAUUGAUGGUUGAUUACCUUGCUCGUCCUGUUACUCACGAAGCAUUCUUCAAGAAGUAUGCUAGCAAGAAAUUUUUGAAGGCUUCAAUCCUUACCAGAUCAUGGGCCAAGAAACAUGCCUCCCUUUAUGGUAUUGAUGUUACCCAACCUUUAGAAUCUUCAUAG